CUACUGCCGCCGCCUCUGCUCUCGUGUCUGCCGGCGCGCGCGUCGUCAACGGUCAAACGUCCUUGCCGCGCUCCAGUUCGUCCGCGACACGACGCGCGCGCAGUCUGUCGCUUCAUACGCACGUCCGUCGCGCUUGUGUUUUUCAGUUGUUUUUUUUCCGAUUUUUUUUCUCAAUAAUAAUAACAACAUCUCCUUUAACGUUUUUAAAAUUUUUUUUUAUUCGUCGAUGCUGGAAAACGGCGGUCUACUCUGCUACAACAGCGAUACAUAAUAUUAUUAUCAUCAUAUUUAAUCACGGUUAAUAUUAUCAUAUUUAUGCUCGUCGAUAUCGAAACGGGAAAAUCGUUUUGACGGCGUUUAUCCUCAUCAUAAUAAGAUAUUAUGAUCGGUCCGAAUUCGGUUUCUAGUGUUUCUCUCUCUAUACAGUGAUUACUUAACACGUCCACACAUCUAAAGAAGAUAACGUGUAUUUUUGUUUUUUUAAAAUAAUAUAUUAACUUUAUUUUGAUCAAAAAUAAAAGUGUUCUUGUUUUUAUCAAGUGUACGGAGGACUAUCAUGCCGGUGAUAACAUGAUGCGGGAUUUGGACGCAUCCAGUCCAGUCGUUUGGCCUCCAUGGUGUUAUUCAGUGGACAUCAAAAGAGACAUCGACUUGUUUGGUUUGCCGAAGAGCCGACGUUCGGGGGUCGGUAUGCAGAUUGAGCACUCGGUGAAUAACAACAACACGACCAGCGCCAACAACAAUAGAGUGGCGACCGCGGCCGACGUGAAGACGGAACGCCUGAGCCCGGUGGCUGCGGCCGGCGGUGACUCAGCAUCGUCGCGUAGCGGCACGCCGUCCUCGUCGUGCUACCCCGGCACGCCGCCCGGCAUCGCGGCCGCUGCGGACCGCGUGUCCAGUCCUGCGCCCAACCGAAACUGCAGCGACCUCAUACGAAGUCUGGCCGCCAAGUACCAGAAUGCCAACCCCAGCGAGUAUAUGCCUUCGCGAAACGGUUUAAACUUGGGCAUACUGUCAGCUGCGACUGCUGCUGCAGCAGCAGCGGCUGCCGCGGCAGCGUCGACCAAAGACAACGGCUGCGACGGGAGUCUGCUGAACCCAGGAUUCCCGUUUGCGACGCCCACCAUACCUGGGACCAACGUGCCCAUGUUCCCACCCAUGAUGGACAUGUCGUCCACGCAGGCACUACUGUCCAUGGUCCGGUCUUCGCAGUUUGACGCUUUCAUGAGCGCCAAGACCGGUGGUGGCACCAAGCGUCCUUGCUCUACCUCGUCAUCGUCGUCCAACCCGUUGCACCCGCACAACAUCGGCUCGGCGGCCACGACCUCAACGUCCGAACAGAACCCGCUUGACCUGUCGUCGUCGAGUCCGUGCAAAAAACCUCGCAAAGGUCAUCCUCCUGCGGCUGGCCACUGGGAGAGCGCCGCAGCGGCCGCCGGAUCGUUCGCCGAAACGUUCCUCAACAUACCGGCUUUUGGUCUGGCUCUGCAAAAGUCCCGGGAAAAGGUCGCCCUGACGUGCAAUGGCGGAGGCGGCAACAACAAGCGGCUGGGCAGCGUGUCGCCGAAACCGUCAAAGGCUCCGUCGAAACAGUCGCCGUGCUAUCAGGCCGCUCCCAGCCGGGUUUUACCUUGCGCUUCGGCCUGUUCCGCUCCGUCGGCCACCUCCACCUCCACCGCCGAGAAACACACCUGCCCCAAUGGGGCUGACAAGACAACCGUGUCUUCGUGGACGGUGGAUGACGUGUGUGAUUUCGUAGGCACCAUCGACUUGUGCGCUGAGUACUCACAGUGUUUCCGGGAGCAGUCGAUCGACGGGACAGCGUUGCCACUGCUCAGCGAGGAUCACCUGACCGGAACCAUGAACAUGAAACUGGGACCGGCGCUCAAGUUCCGGGCCGUGCUGGCUCAGAAGUUGGGAAACUGCGCAGUGUGCAUGCACUGCGCCCACUGUCACGGAGCCCAGUCACACGGCGCCGGCCGGCACAGCCCCGGCCCCGGCAACAACAACAACAACAACAACAGUUCGUCGUCCGCCCAGUGCUGAGCGCAGCGCCGUUCGCGUCGACGGCAAAGUCCGUCCACUUUACACGCGCAGGGUGUUCAAGAUGUUUGGAAUGGAUACACACGGACGCCCUGUUUGAGCGGUAAUAUUACCGUCAAGCGUUUAAACUACAUGUGAAAUACACAUUUAUAAUAUGGUGUCCACGCGAAUCGUCGUUCGCUUUACAAAAAACAAAAAUUAGUUCAUUAAAUCAUUAUCACUAUAAGAUGAUGAUAUCAUAGGAUAAAAAUCGUGUCCGUGUCUAUUGCGUCGAUUCGACUAAAAACAAAAAAUAUUAUUUUAUAUUUUUCAAAGUAUGGUAAAUUCCAAAAGUCAUUGAUUUCGCUGUUUCCCUGACUUGUUUUUCUCACGUUGGAUUUAUCAGUAUUGUUACGUAUAGGUACUAAUAAUAUAAUAAUUGUUCGCAUGGUAGGAAAGCUGAAGGUCAUUUCUAAUUUUAUUUUUUAUUUUUUUGAGCUUUUGUUAUUAUUUUUACUAUUGUUUUACCUAGAUAUUCUAUGACGCAACUUUUGUCUAUAUAUUAUUAAUAUAAUGUUUGUAUGUAUAGUUAAUUUAGUUUAAUGUUUAUUGUAUAAUGUAUGAAAUAUUAUAGUUCUCUGUUGAUUAUUAUUAUUUUUUUUUUAAUGUUUCUCGAAAUUAGUUUAUUGCGGAUUGGUCGUAAAUGGUUUAAAGUUAUAACUUAUAA